AUGCCGCACGCGGCGCCCGAACGGCAGCGUCGUGCGUCCGCGGGAAGGGGCGGGUCCGCGCUGCCGCGGGGCGCCCCGCAUCCCCGCGCCGAGGCGCUGCCCAAGAGCCCGCUGCGCGCCAAGGGCAGCCCGGCCCGGAGGCCGCAACGGGGCCCGGAGGCGGCAGGUGCCGCCGAAGAGAUAGAAGUGCUGGAGCUGGGGAAGGAGGAGGCCUCGCCGGCGCUGCCGCCGCAGGCGGGCGAGCCGGCCGCUCCCGACGCGGAGCCCGCGGGGGAGGAGUGCAGCUGGGCCGGCCUCUUCUCCUUCCAGGACUUGCGGGCAGUGCACCAGCAGCUGUGCUCGGUGAACUCGGAGCUGGAGCCCUACCUGCCUGCCUUCCCCGAGGAGCCCUCGGGCAUGUGGACGGUGCUGUUUGGAGCCCCGGAGCUAUCCGAGCAGGAGAUGGAUGCCCUCUGCUGCAAACUGCAAGUUUACUUGGUCCACAGCUUGGAUACCUGCGGCUGGAAGAUCCUUUCGCAGGUGCUCUUCACUGAGACUGACGACCCCGAAGAGUAUUACGAGAGCCUGAGUGAGCUGCGACAGAAGGGGUACGAGGAGGUGCUGCAGCGGGCCCGCAGGCGAAUCCAGGAGCUUCUGGAAAAACAUAAGAACACGGAAAGCAUGGUAGAGCUGCUUGAACUGUAUCAAAUGGAAGACGAAGCCUACAGUAGUCUUGCAGAAGCUACCACGGAGCUGUACCAAUACUUACUACAGCCAUUCCGAGAUAUGAGGGAACUUGCGAUGCUUAGAAGACAGCAGAUAAAGAUCUCGAUAGAGAAUGACUACCUAGGCCCCAGAAGAAUUGAGAGUCUGCAAAAAGAAGAUGCCGAUUGGCAGAAAAAAGCCCACAUGGCUGUGCUUUCUAUUCAAGAUCUGACAGUGAAAUACUUUGAAAUCACAGCUAAAACACAGAAAGCUGUGUAUGACCGAAUGCGAGCAGACCAGAAAAAGUUUGGUAAGGCAGCAUGGGCGGCAGCAGUGGAACGUAUGGAAAAGCUUCAGUAUGCAGUUUCUAAGGAGACUUUGCAGUUGAUGCGUGCUAAAGAAAUCUGUUUGGAGCAGAAGAAGCAUGCGCUGAAGGAGGAGAUGCAGAGCCUGAAAGGUGGUACAGAAGCCAUAGCCCAUUUGGACCAGUUAGAAGCUGAUUAUUAUGAUCUACAGCUUCAGUUAUAUGAAGUGCAGUUUGAGAUCUUGAAAUGUGAAGAGCUGCUGCUGACUGCACAACUUGAAAGCAUCAAAAGACUGAUGUCAGAAAAGAGCGAUGAAGUGGUGUAUUACGACACUUUCGAAAGUAUGGAAGCUAUGCUUGAAAAAGAGGAUGUGGCAACAUCUAUACACUUGCAAAAAGAGGAGCUGCAAAAGUUACAACAAAAAAUCCGCCAGCUGGAAGCAAGGCGUGGACGUAUUUCAGCCAAGAAAGCCUACCUCAGAAAUAAGAAGGAGAUUUGUAUUGCAAAGCAUAAUGAAAAGAUUCAGCAGCGUCACCAGAGUGAGGAGGAAUACAAAAUGCACCAUACUGUUCAGCUAAAGCGAGAUCAAUUACAAGAUGAAGAGGAAAGAAAGAGCUCUUGGGUUAGUCAGGAACGACAGAAAACACUGGACAGACUUCGCACAUUUAAACAGCGGUACCCGGGGCAAGUAAUACUAAAAUCAACCAGACUACGGCUGGCUCAUGCAAGAAGAAAAUGUGCGGCCAGCUCGGUGUCCCGUGUUGAUCAGCCUCAGUCUUUGCCAGCAACCAUACAAAUCCAAGAGAAAAGCGAAGAGGUGGAAUUGGAGAAUGCAGUUCAGCCUUUGCAAGUGCAGGAAUCCACAAGCUUAGAACAAUUUCAAGAUAUCUCAUUACCUCCCAAUGGUGUUACCUCUGAACUGCCUCAUGCUAGUACUUCUACGCUCACCAGUACUGACUAUCAACCAGAGAUUGUUACUGUAGUACCACUUCCACCUCCUUUGCCUCCACCACCUCCACCUCCGCCUCCACCUUUGCCCUCCAAGGAAGAUGCCACCAAAUCCUUAGAGAAAAGCGACAGCUUUGUUAAACGUCAGAGUGAAGAGAAGGGAGUCCAGCACUCUUCUGGUCUCCCACCAGCACAUCUGUUUGACAGCAGUCAGCUAGUCAGUGCAAAGAAGAAGCUUAAGAAGACUGGUGAGCUAGAGGGUUUACAGAGGAGAAGAGUGAGUUCCCCAAUGGAUGAAGUGCUGGCUUCCUUGAAACGUGGCAGCUUUCACUUAAGAAAAGUUGAGCAAAGAAGUCUCCCUCCUUUUCCUGAUGAAGAUGAUAGCAAUAACAUCUUGGCACAGAUCAGGAAAGGGGUGAAACUGAAGAAAGUGCCGAAAGAUGUUCUGAGAGAAUCCUUUACAAUUCUGCCUGAUACUGACCCUCUCACAAGGAGCAUCCACGAAGCAUUGCGACGCAUUAAGGAAGCAUCACCUGAAUCAGAGGAUGAAGAGGAGAGUUUGCCUUGCACAGACUGGGAAAACUAACCUGUGAUUCACAGCUACUGAUGUGAGAAAAGAAACCCCUGUUGAAGAUCACUUUUCCUCUUCAUUUCUGAAAAUUCAGAGCAAGCAGUUAUCAACACCAAUUCCGCAGGCUUUCUUUGGCAAAUUAUUCAGUAUAUGGAGAAAAUGGCCUGAAAUGUUAAUUUUCUGGUCACUUUUUUUUUUUUUUAAUUUGUUCCAAAAAAUCUGGUUUGGGCAAAAAGCUAAACUGUUCUGGUGUGCAUUUUAUAUAAUCAAGAAUGCCCAGUUCUUAAGCACUUUUUGCAUUUGCGUUAGUAAUGUGUGGCCAGUUAAGCGAGGGGGACAUUUUGAGUUGGGAGAAUACUUGCUGUUAGAGUAACUUUGGGAUUUGGCAAAGACAUCAAACCAGCUAUAAAACGUCCCCUUCGCUGCACUGAAUAUAUCAUCUGCUUGAAAAUCCAACUAAACAGCUCCUUGCAGAAAAGCUUGCUGAUAUUCCAGAAAGAGGAGAAUUCCUAGUUGCACUGCAGUAGCUGAAAUUCAGUAAUGUGCAACUAAGACUUUCUUUUUUUCUUCCUAGUUUGAAGAAGUCUACGUCAGUAUGAAAAGUAACAAAUGACUACAGCACAAUGAGAAAUAAGAGACGAAUUCAGCACAUACUCAAUGAUGUGUUUGUUUCCAACAUGGUACAUUUAGCAAGACAUACCAUGGCACCUUUUUAGGUCAUUUGUAGUCUGACACCUUUAUAACUAGACAUUAUCAUGCUUUUUAAAAAUAAUACUUAGCUAUGCUGAACCAAGUUAGUUAUACUUUUAUCAUUUGUUAUAAGAAGCAAUAUUUUGUAAUUUCAUACUUAAGAUUAUUUUUCUCUUUUGGUUUAAAAUGGCUUUUGAUUACUUUAAGCAGCCUUCUUUAAAAAGAUCGAAGCACUUAAACAUACUAAUAAUUCAGUUGUGAAAAUCAUGCUUCUCUUGCUGGUUUUCAUUAUCCACUUUAGCGGCUGCAAAAAUGUUUGUAUUUCAUAACCAAAAGCUUACUGGCUGAAAAAAAAAAAACUUCCCUUUUGAUCCUGACUAUUGCUUUUUUCUUAAAGGGGAGUUACAACUUCCUCUGCAGUGAAUACUUAGAAGUAAUCCUAAACUUCAUGACUAAUGGCUGCAGGCAGCUACUUUUAUGAUACCACAGUACUAUGAGGUAUGUCAAUACAGAGAUCCAAGUAGCCUUGUACCAUCUAGAAACUCCAUCCGAUAUUAAAGUCAGCCCGUUAGAAGAAAACUGAAUUUUCACUAGCAUUUUAUUUUUACUAGUGUGAGAUACACUGUGUGUGAGAAAUACACAGUCCCUGUCUUUUGUGUACUGUGGUCCAGUCACUGUUCCUCUCAUGACAGAUAAACAGCUAUGCAGAUAUGGGGAUUUUUUUUUUAGCAGAGUUAUGCAUUGCUGCUGUCAUGGAAUGGAAUACUUAUUGUGCUCAUGUUUAUAACAGGAGAUUUCAUAUCUUGCCAUUUACUUAUACGAAAAGGAACAGAACUUACCUUAGCAAUAGGCUAUGUAACCUAAAGGAACCUCGGCUCUUGCACCCUUCAGUUGUUUUGCUGUUACUAUCCUGAAAUGAAAGCUCUGUCAAACAUCUCAAAAGGAUGUCACUUUACCCUUGCUAUCAACAAGCAUUUUCUUAACCUUGUUGCCUUAUUUAUAAAGUUGGUGAACAUUCAUUUUCAAAGCACCUGUGAGCAGUGUUACUGUAGAGUUGUAUCAAUUUUUCUGUAUUAGUCAUCAUGUUUGUAUUCUGUCUUGAGAUCAGCUCUGUGAAGCACGUGAUACUGAGUUUUCAAGGACCUAAAACAUGGGGAUGUUUUUUCUUAAACUGCUUCUCUGAACCUUGAGUUACAUGGUGUGGUUGUAAGCUGUCAAAUACUGAGUUCUGGCAGCAAUAACAGCGAGAUUUCAACGUUCAUCAUAAUCAUUUGACAUUGCCUUCCCAUAAGCUGUGGUGUAUUUUUCUCUCUGUUUGUCUGUACUUCCAGUCACACCACAUGUUAAAACUGAGGCAAUCAAGUGAAUUUUUGGCUGAAGCCCAAAGCAGAACUAUGAUGUAGGAUGGUAAUCCUGAUUAUACAGUUCAUCUGAUCAAUUAACAGUGGUGAUUGAGCAACUUUUAUGUCCAUUUUUUUCCUAUUUUCCAGCCUGCAGUUUUUUUCCUUAGAGUAUGCAUAUGGGACACUAGCAAAAUUCCAAGCUGAGGAUAAAUAGUGUAAUUUUAAAGCGUAGGUGCAAUGGUCCCCUUGCACAAUAUCUGUGUCUACAGUUUACCAGUGUUGUGAUUUAUUGAAAUAGCUCCAUGCUGUAUUGUACUACGGUUCUCAGAUUUGUUUGCCACGUGAUCUAUCAUCUUUGCCUUGGAAAAUGUGUGCAUGACUGAGAAAAAUUACUGUCCUUAAUGUAUUUUAUAUUUAUCUGAAAUAUUAGAUUCCUGUAAUAGCUUAGUUUUUAGAAAUGGAGUUCUCAUACCAACAUGUAUUUUAUGCGCACACAAAAAGUAGUUGUUAUGCUGAGCAUAGCAGUUUAUAUUAGUUCAAAACUGCCAUCUUUAAUGUGGAAGGUAAAUGUCUUUUUUUUUUUUUUUCCUACGUAUUGCUAAAAAAAAAAAGCCUGGAUUUUAAUCUUCUUUGAGUCACUAGAUGUCACAAUUUCACAUAAUUCUCCACUUUGAUAUAAAAAUUUUGCAUAUGUAGUGUACAGGCUAAUGCAUAAAACUCCCAUCCUCUGUAACAUGAUAUUUUGCAGUAGGACGGCUCCAGCAGCAAAUGGGGAAAGUUAAGUAUAUUUGCAAGAAAUUUACAGAAAUUAUGACAGGCCUGCAUUAAGAUUGGUUCCUCCAUAGCUAAGAAAAGAUCUAAUAAUUGUGUUUGUCCUUGAGAAAACUUGGCAAGCAUCACUACAGAAAAACCCACUUGAACAUAUGCAAGGAAAGAGAACUUCCAUUAAAAUACCUUUCUGCUAUUAUUGGUAUUUUUCAUUUGUGGCUGGACUUCAUUGGUGCAGCUGCGUUGUUCUGUUGCUAGUCAUUUAUCUUGCACAGUUUGCCAGCUUAAAGGCUUUUUCCAUUUUGAGAAACUUCUUUCUUUGUUCAAAUUAAAACUGUGUUAGUAUAGGGUAACUGAUCCAGUGAGGCAAAGAGUUGGAAUGCAUAAUGUUUAUUGGCUUAUGUGAGAACUGAAGAACCUUUUAUGAGUGGGAACAAGAAAUGAAAAACUCAAUUUCUACUAAAAUAACCAAAAUGUAAGCUAAACAGCAAGUCUUCUGAUCAGAAAUGGAAUUUGCAUCAACGUGAAUUUCAUCCUGCCAUUCUCAGAGGUUCCAGAUCCUUUACAAAUGACAAAUAGUCUUAUUUUAUUCACUUUACUGUGUUUUCAUAUGUUAGUUAAAUUAUCUGUUUAGGGUAGAUGAAGGCUUUUUAAAAUUUUCUUAAGCAUCACUUUUAAGUUUGUUUGUUUUUUUUUAAAUCUGACAGUCUGCAUACUACACCAGACACCUAUAAAAUAAAUUAGUAUGAUUAUAUUUUGUGUUCUUUUGUGGCUGCAUCAGGGAUAGGACUCAACAUACUUCACUACAUUCUUUGUAAAGAAUCAUUUUGAGUAUAAGCACUAUAUUCUGUAAUGUUUAAUAUGAAAGUAAUGACAGGUGCAUUAUUGAAGAUGCAACUUACUGAGAAGAGGAGGCAGAAACUUUUAUUGGUUAAUGUUACCCUUAUUCCGUUUGUUGCACUGAAUUUUGAGAGUGUAAUUUGUAAAUCAAGUUUGCUCACGUGUGUAAUCAGAUUUUAUUUUCAUUGUGAUGCUUAUGUGAUUAAAUUACCUUGAUGUAUUUUGGGUAAUGAUUUCAUAAGCAUGGACAAUAUGUUGUUAUGUUUAGCACUACAGAAUUAAUGUUAAGAACAAGCGAAGCUUCUUGCAUAGAAAAGGAGUAAUUAGAAGCACCUUACUGGGAGAGCACGUUGCAUGAUUUCAGUGCUACUGGAGCAGGCAGACAGUAGGUCAUCCUAAACUUGACUGCAGAUCGCUCUUUGGUGUAAUAAAGCACACUGACAUACUGCUAUCAAUGCUGGAAAAAGUACAGCAAUGGCUAUUUUUAACCUAUAAAUAUACUGUAAUUUAAAGUUUUCCUACAAAAUGAAUUUAUAUUUAAUUGCUGCCUAAUACAUAAAUACUUAAAAAUUUUUGGAGGGUCAAGGGUGGGUGGGCAUGCCAAUAUAUUUUUGGGAGGGGCUAUUGUAUAUACGGUUCUUUGCACUUCCCGUUCAGUUUGACUGUUAAUCCAAAACUCCCAGCUCUGACUGGUGAAUCUGCAACCUAACAUUUACGUGUUAUUAUCAUAGAAUCAUAGAAUUUCCCAGGCCGGAAGGGACCUCCAAGGGUCAUCUAGUCCGACCCCCCCGCAGUCAGCAGGGACACCCCCAACUAGACCAGGUUGCCCAGGGCCUCGUUGAGCCUCUCCUUGAAUAUCUCCAGGGAAGGGGCCUCAACCACCUCCCUGGGCAACCUGUUCCAGUGCUCCACUACCCAUUAUGAUUCAGGUAAUCUAUAUUCUGUAGCCCAGAGCUUCAGAAUUCGACAGAAGAGGUCAUCUUUCCAUUCUUAAAUGUGAAUGCUCAAAUAUGGAAAAUGACCAUGCAACGAAUUUUACUCUGCGGAGUUUCUAAUAUUAAUGUAGAGUAUUAUUUAAAGCUGAUAUCUAAGGCUAUUAACCAAUAUAGGGUAUAGGCCAUUUGGAACAAGUAAAAAGCAUGAUGACCAUUUUGGUGAGCAUAGUCCAAACUCUGCAGAGAUUUUAUUGCAGAGACUGCCACCUCUUCAGUAAUCAGUUUGCCCUAGACUUGUUUGGUUUUCAGAUUUAGAAACAUAUUUUUCAUUUCUGAAUUGGGAAAUAGGUGUUGGGGAUUAGGGACUCUCAUUUAACAUCUCCCAGUAUGUUACUGUGGUUGCUACAUGUUUUGAGUUUUGACUUAAAUAUAUACAUCAUCAUAAGAUGAAAACUUAAGAAACACAGAUGGAUGCAGGUUGUCUUGCAUGAAAGAAGACAGUAAAGUUUAAUGACACUAACUUCUUUAAGCCUGUCAAAUAAAUAAGAAAUAAUCAAAAGAAAGCCAGUUUGCAUUGACUAGCUUUGUGCAAUAUUAUCUGUAGACUCAAAUGCUACUAGCACAUUGUGCUUGGCUUUAAGAAAGUUCUGUAACUCCCAUUAUAUUCAAAAGGAUAUAUUAAAUGCAUAUUUUAUUGUAAACGACUCCGCAAAUUUACUAUGCCUAAAAAUGCUCAAUGUUACAAAGUAUUAAGCAACAAGUGUUUUAAAAAAAUAAAGGGGGUAAAAAAACUAAACCAUUUCUGGCAAUACCUAAAAUCUUAAAAAAAAAAAAAAAGGUUUUAACUGUCUGCUUCUUGCUCGUUUUUCUUUAGUGCAGCUUUUCUGCAAUGCAAGUUUAUUGCUGUGUAUUUUAUGGUUUUUAUUAUCAUGACUCAGAAACUUAAACCUGUACACAAAGUAGUGCACUCACCUUCUUGUACAUGCAAUGUAACAUCAUACUCACAGUUUUGGUGCUUUAAAUGAUUCCUUUUUUUCUUUAUUAAAGGAUAUUUAUUUGACCACGGUCUGGUUUUGAGUAUGUACCAACAGUAAAAAUAAAAAUUCUCUUAGGU